AUUACGUUAGCUAUCAUGCUAGCUAUCAGAUUAUUUGGUUAUAAUAUAAGCUUCUUAUUUUACCCAAAUUUUAUAAAUUUGACCCCCGAAAAUUUUUGUAACUAGCGAUAUAAGAUAAUUAAAAUUUAAAAAUUAAAACAAAAAUUCAGGGGAUCAAAAUUAUUCACCCGUUUUCAAUAGUUUCACUCUCCGAAGUUAGCAACACUGGCUAUUCGACGUAUGACGUUUGUAGAGUUUUUUUUGUAAAUUCGUGUUAUUAUUUAAAUUUUAUAAUAAAAUCAGAGACUAAUAAAAUUAAGAAAAAUGGCAAAUUCAUUCCAUGAUAUUCACGAAACACCACAUACAGAAUUUAUAACUGUAAAAAAUGAAAUAUUAGAAGACUUCGAAAGAAACAGUGCUUUUACAGUUGAAGAAACACAAAAUAGCAGGAAUGAUAUUAGCAUGGAAGGUGAACCAAUUCUUAAAACCGAGAAACAUUUAUCUUUGAUCAACCACGAAUAUAUUAAAACUGAAAAACAAUUAAAAACAGAAUUUAUAAUAAUUAAAGAAGAAAGAUUGGAAGACUUUGAAAGCAACAGUGAUUUUACACUGGAAGAAACACAAAACAACAGCAGUGAUAUUAGCACGGGAUAUGAUCAAAUUUAUAAAGCUGAGCAAGAUUUAUCUACAAUCAACUACGAAAAUAUUAAACUUGAAAAACAAUUAAAUACAGAAUUAGUUAUCAAAGAUGAAAGUGUUUUAGAACCAGAACGGGACCACACCACGGAAAAACCAUUUGCAUGUAAUCUUUGUAAUCAAACAUUUAAUCAAUUAAGUGCUUUAAGUAAACAUCUGCGGACUCAUAAAAGUGACAAAUCAUUCUCACGUGAUACAGGAGAAAAGUCAUUUUCAUGCGUUAUUUGUAAUAAAAUGUUUACUCAACUACGUAAUUUACUUAAUCACAAACGGAUUCAUGAAGAAGAAAAAUCAUUUUCAUGUGAUAUUUGUAAUAAGACUUUUACUCAACUAGGUAAUUUGCUUAAUCACCAAAAGAUUCACAGUGAAGAAAAACCAUAUUUAUGUGACAUUUGUAAUAAAUCAUUUAAUCAGCAAAGUAAUUUAUCUCGACAUAAACGAAUUCAUAAUGGAGAAAAACCAUUUUCAUGUGAUAUUUGUGAUAAAGCAUUUAAUCAAGUUGGUAAUUUAAAUCAACAUAAACUGAUUCAUACGCGAGAAAGGCGAUUUUCUUGUGAUAUUUGUACUAGAACAUUCUAUCAAGAAUGUGAUUUAGUUAAACAUCAACGAGUUCAUGAUGAUGAAAAAUCAUUUUCUUGUGAUAUGUGUAAUAAAUCGUUUACUUCAUCAAGUUAUUUAGGUGUGCAUAAACGUGUUCACACCGGAGAAAAACCAUUUUCAUGUGACAUUUGUAAUAAAUCAUUUACUAAUGGUAGUUAUUUAAGUAGACAUAAACGUUUUCACACUGGAGAUAAACCAUUCUCAUGUGAGAUUUGUAAUAAAAAAUUUGCUGAUGGUAGUAAUUUAGCUAGACAUAAACGUAUGCAUACUGCCCCCCUCUAGAGAUAUCCAAAAAUCUUUCAGUCUACUCAAUUGAUAAUUUAUUUUCUUUCAUCUUCAUUGAUCAAGUCACAUUUCAAGUAAAUUAACGAGAAAAUAGGUCUAAUUUGACUUGAAUGACUUGUGAAAAUAUUAAUUAAUGACGUGAUAGUGUGUUUGUCAAACGUUGUCCAGCCAUUUUUAUUGACUGGAUAAUGAAAGAAAACGCCUACCCUUGAUAUAUACUAUUGCUAUUGUAAAAACAAUUCCGAGGUCUAGGUUAUGUUAGGUUAGAGUGGCUGUCCUGGGGUGGGACACAC